CCAUUCUCCGCACAAGUCGAGAAGCCCCCAGUUGAAUUGCUUUCAGCAACCCCCGCACCGCAGUCCAUACUCCCUCCACUCUCCUCAACUCCUCUUCACCGAAGAACCUCCAAAAUGGAAGAAACCCAAGAGCACAACCAUAAUCACAACCACAACCACCAGGACCCUCCAAGAUCCUCCACAGCUACACUAUCACCUACCUGCGUUAAGUGCGGAGGCCCAUGCUCAUUCCCUCCACCACCCGUACAAUCUCAAUGGUCCGAAAUCUCCCCUCCCCCAAUCUACCGCCCGAUCCGUUCACCGGCAAUAAAUCUCCCACCAAAUACAAAUUCUCAAGCCAUAAUCCUCGCUCCAGUCCCACAAUCCCAAAAAGUCCCCACUAUUUCCCUUCCUCACACCUUCCAAUCCCCCUCCAAAAAAAUCCAAUCCCCUGAUGACAUUCGUAAAUUCAUCAACUCCGAUUCCUCUAAAAACUUCCUCGGCUUCGUCGUCGCUCUCUCAGAAUCCAUACGCGCCCGCAAAAUCUCCGAUUCCUGUCAUGAAUCCACUACUCUGAAAAAAAUUGUGUCCGUUAUCGAAGGCCUUGUUCAUUGGAUCGAAGAAAUACCUCCGGUUCAACAAUCUUCUCGAUACGGUAACAUCUCUUACCGUACCUGGCAUAGCCGUUUGGUAGAAAAUAGUGAGAAUUUAAUGCUUCAAUUCUUACCUGAUAAUUUAAAGUCUUCAAUGGUCGAGAUUGUUCCUUAUUUUACUGAUAGUUUUGGUAAUGCCAGCCGGAUUGAUUACGGUACAGGACAUGAAACUAAUUUCGCCGCGUGGCUUUAUUGUUUGGCAAGAAUGGGGAUUAUAGAGGAAGUUGAUUAUCAAGCUGUAGUUUCUAGGGUUUUUGUUAAGUAUAUUGAAUUAAUGAGGAAACUGCAAUCAGUUUAUAAUCUAGAGCCUGCUGGGUCGCACGGUGUUUGGGGGUUGGAUGAUUAUCAUUUCUUGCCGUUUAUAUUUGGAUCAUCACAGUUGAUUGAUCAUAAGUAUAUGAAGCCUAAGUCUAUUCACAAUGAGGAUAUUUUGGAGAACUUUUCAAAUGAGUAUAUGUAUCUUUCGUGCAUUCUGUUGAUUAAGAAGGUUAAGAAAGGUUUGUUUGCUGAGCACUCGCCUUUGUUGGAUGAUAUCAGUGGAGUGCCUAACUGGAACAAGGUGAAUAGUGGGUUGCUUAAGAUGUAUAGAGCAGAAGUCUUGGAGAAAGUGCCUAUCAUGCAGCAUUUUCUGUUUGGGUCGCUUAUACAGUGGGAGUAGUGCGUUUUAUCAGCUCUAUAAGAACAUAUGCUACGGAACUAAGAGAGUGAUUUUUCCAUCGGGUUUCGCCAUGAGUUUAACAGAGUGGAAAUGUGCUCCUACUGUGAAUUCAUUGAGCUAUCUCUGUUUUCUUUUUUCUUCCUAUUAUUUUCUUAAACUGACCGUGCACAUGCAGUAUCGGAUAAUUAUCUAUCCGUUUGUUUUCCAACUUAUUUGACGGGUAGUUUAAUAAUUGUCUGUCAAGUGGCUGAGGGAUGAAAGAAGCUCGUAUGAAUGUAGAACAAAUGGCAUGCAAGGCGUAGGGGGUGUUUGUUUCAUGUAAAAUAUUUUUUUGAAAACU